AUGAGAGAAAGAUUCCCAAAACUCGUUAAUCAUCUGGAUUACUUGGGAGUGCAGGUAGCAUGGAUCUCAGGGCCAUGGUUUCUAUCUAUUUUUGUAAAUAUACUUCCUUGGGAAUGUGUUCUAAGGAUGUGGGAUGUGCUUCUCUUUGAAGGAAACCGUGUAGUCUUGUUCAGAACAGCAUUUGCUUUAAUGGAACUAUAUGGUCCUGCAAUUAUUGCCACACAAGAUGCAGGAGAUGCGAUUACUUCACUACAAGCACUUGCUAGUUCAACAUUUGAUAGCAGUCAGCUUAUUCUGACCGCAUGCAUGGGCUAUCUAACGACAAAUGAAGCUAGACUAGAGGAGCUUAGGGUAAUACAUAGACCGGCGGUGUUGGAGAUAGUUGAGGAAAGAAUGCAGAAAGGUCGUGUCUGGAAAGACAAGAAGGGGUUGGCUUCUAAGCUGUACAGCUUUAAACAUGAAGGCUCUAUCCUAGGUGAACAAACUCAGAAGGAAGAUGGUGAGAAUCUAGAAGAUGGCUCAAAUGUUGAUUCAGAGUUAGACUCUUUACCAGAUCUUCAAGAGCAGGCGGUAUGGUUGAAGGUUGAACUAUGCAGACUUUUGGAGGAGAAAAGAUCAGCUGUAUUAAGAGCUGAGGAGCUAGAGAUUGCUCUGAUGGAGAUGGUCAAAGAAGAUAACAGACUUGAACUAAGUGCAAAGGUUCUGAUGAGAGUUGAGCAAGACCAGAAGCUCACUGAAGAUGCUCGAGUAAGUGCAGAGCAGGAUGCAGCUGCACAAAAAUAUGCAGUACACGUCCUUCAGGAAAAGAAUGAGAAGCUUGCUGCUCAACUAGCUCAAAUGGAGAAGAGAGUAGUUACAGCAGAAACAACUCUAGAAGCUACUUUGCAAUAUGAAUCAGGUCAAAAUAAAGCACUAUCAUCUCCAAGGUUUGCUCGCUCUCAAGGCUCUCCACAGGAGACACUUAAAAAGAAGACAGGCUUCUUAUCAUUUGGGCUUGGCUGGCGCGAGAGGAACAAGGCAAAAGAACCUGAAGAAACAAAUGGUGAUAGUACUAGUAAUGCAACAUCUGAAGCCAAAUCUUCCGAAGAGAGCAAAUCAGAAGAUCUUUUAAAUCCGGAGACAAAACGCUAA